UUUCCUUCUCACCACACAAAUCAAUCAAAACCCCAAUUUUCAAGAAUCUCUCUCCCAUCACUUUCUUCAACCCUAAUUCCAAUCCUCUUUAAUUUUCUCUUCUCUUCUCUUCAUUUUAUUGAAAAUCAUGGCAGCUUUUUCAUCAUCAUUUCACCAUUUCGACGCAUCAUCAUCAUCAUCAGUCUUCCUGGCAAAGACUAACAACUCCUCCUCCUCUUCCACCACCAUUAAUAACAUGUGUGCCCUUUUCCAUGAUCCAAACAAUGCCUUAUUCCACCAUGCCAAUAAUUCCUCUCUGUUAAAUGCUAAGAACAGCAUGGAUUCCUCCUCCAUCUCCGUCGUCACCCAUAAAAACCGCCAAACCCUCGCCCCCAAUUCCAACAACAAGAGGAAAUCCAAUUCUGCCCAAUCCAAGGAUAUGAGAGAAUCAGUGAAAGGGAAGAAGCAGAAGAAAGUGAAAGAAGCAGAAGAGAAGAAAGAAGGUGAAGAAGAUAAAGGUUACAUUCAUGUAAGAGCAAGGAGGGGCCAAGCUACUGAUAGCCACAGUCUUGCUGAGAGGGUGAGGAGGGAGAGAAUAAGUGAGAGAAUGAAGCUACUACAAGCUCUAGUUCCCGGUUGUGACAAGGUAACUGGAAAGGCCCCCAUGUUGGAUGAAAUUAUAAACUAUGUCCAGUCACUCCAAAAUCAAGUUGAGUUUCUUUCAAUGAAGCUUGCAUCUGUGAAUCCCACCUUCUAUGAUUUUGGUAUGGACAUGGAAUUACUGAUGGUAGGACCUGAUAAUCAGAAUUUAAAUAGUUUGGCAUCACCAUUGCCAGCAGGCAUGCAAGAAUGCAGUCCUACAACAGCCAAUACAUAUCCUGUCUUAGAUAAUUCUCUUCUCUCAUAUCAAACCCAAAUUCCAAGUGCUCUACCCCAGGGUGAUAGACAGGUUUUGUGGGAAGUGGAUGAGCAAAGACAGAGAAUUAUUAACCAGUCAGGAAUCAUCAACAACUUGUUUUCUUUCCCAUUGAUGUAAAAACCCAACAUCCUCUGUCCUACUACAACCAUCUGAUGGUUUUGAACAAAGAAAAAGUAGCAAAGGAUAGUAAUUAAAUGAAAGGCUAGGUGGUUAUUCUUGUCUGGCGUAUCAAUUCCAAAUGAGGAGAAGUGGUAAAAGAAAUUCGAAAGCUUAGAGUCAGAAAUGAGUGGAACCGACCAAAUAUCAGCAAAUCUUUCUCUUUUGAGAUCCUUUGUUUCCAACUAAUUUCUGCACCCAUGAUUAAGUUCGUGGGUGUCUAGGAUUUUAGUGAUCAAGAAUAUUGUACUACUAAUAUUGUAAAAUAGCAGGAAUAUUUUUGGAUGUGGAUGUCACUUUUAAUUACUUCCAUUUAUUUUCACAAGAAAUUAUGACUUUGCGGUGAGUCUGUUAUUACAGUUAAUCUUACAGUUAUGGGUUUCUAUUCUUGCCCA